CUGCUGGACUGGAUCCAGUUUCAUGUUUGAAGCGUGUUUACUGGGUUCUGAGCUACUUACGUCCAGGUGUGUUUUUUCUGUCCUGUGCGUACCUGUUUCUGUGGAUUCACCCAGCAGCUGGGUGGAGAUGGAACCAGAACCGAACCAGUCCAGUAGAAUUACCUUUAUUUGAUAUCAUUAGAAUUUCCUUUUGCUUAAUCCUUUUUUUUUUUCAUUUGAUUUAUGAUCUUUUAUGUUUUGAAUGAUUCUUUUGGGGUUUUUUCUGUUAGUCAUGAUUUAUUUUUUAUGUGAUUUUUCUGAGAAACUUUACUUACCUGUUGCCAAAGUAAGUUUCUAUGUAAUUGAACUUACCUGUGUACCUGCUUUCCUUACUGGUGAAGGUUCUCUUCCUGAUCGUGGUAAUCCACAAGGGCUUGAAUGAAGACUUCUUUGGUUUGAUUUGGUUUUAGUCCACUUGCCUUCCUUUGAGCCCUUGUGGAUUGUGAGGAUACAGCAGUCAUUAAAACAUGGGCAGGGCUGAUGGGUAUGAGGUGGAGCUCUGGCUCACCUGUGGAACUCGUAUCAUGGACACAAAUGCAUCGGAGAUCAGCCACAUGGUCCUCCUGCUGCUUCAUCUCUGAUCAACAUUGGUUAUAAACUCCAAACCUGCCUUGUUUCUGACAACCAGCAGGAGGCGGGGUCUGUUAUAAACACCUGUUUUAGUACCUGUUUUUUUUAAACGAACACUUCAGAUUUAUGUUCAUGAAAACAUUUCCCUUUUUCUUUUUAAAAGCCUGGAACCAGUCGUUUUGACUUCCUGUCAGGGUCAACACACACACACACCUGUGGCUCCUCCUUCCUAUUUAGAUUUAAAUGCAGGCUGAGUGAGCCAACAGAUGAAGACUUCUCAGGUAAACUCACCUGGAGCAGAGACAGCUGGAGAUACGGAAGAACAGGACCAGAAGAAGACAGGUGGACAUCUGUUUGACAUUUUUAAAUCAGAGUGGUUUUGUUCUCAUCGCUCUGAAGUCCAGAUGUGUGGUUCUGGAGAACCAGAGCUGAUAUUUGUUUUUGUUCAGAUCUUUUUAAUUGAACAUAUCUGACUAACCAGUGAACAUGAGUCGUUCUUCUAUGUUCAUGGAGCUAUCCUGACCUGAACCAGAACCUCAGACUGAUCUAGAACCAGAGCAGAGUCCACACGGGUUGUGUUGUUCCACAGGGUUGUAGAACCACAGGGAUCAGAACUGGGCCAAGCUCUAGUCUCUCAUUCUGAGGAGAAGGAUCUUCUCUCCAUCUUCAUGUCUGAACCUCGGGUUGUCACCAACGUGAUGCUGAGCAGGAACCGUGUCAUCGGAUCAUAAUGCUGGUUUGUGGUCUCCUGCUGCUCACCUGGACCCUGCUAGCCAUGGUCCAGAGCCACAGCUGGACACCCUGCACAGAUCUGCUGCCUCUGGACCUGCUGUCCAGAGUCAUGCCCCAUUCAGGCCAAGCUCCACUCACAAAGGUGCAGAUGGUUCAGUCUAGAGGAUACAGAGGUGUCAGACUGACUGGCACUGCUCCAGCGGCUAUGGGUUUCCCCGCCUCCCAGAUCUUCUCCAGCUGUGAUGAUUUUCCUGCUGAGUUUUCAUUGGUCACAACCAUAAAACUUCAGAAACUUCGAAAAAAGACCAAUGAGUACAUCCUGUCUGUGGUGAAGGAGGGGUCUGAUUCACUGUUGCUAGGGUUACGAAUCUCUGAGAACCGACUUCAUCUCCUGACCAAGCCCCCUGAAGCUGGUGGGUGGAGUCGGAUCAGUUUCAGAGACGUUGGACUGGAUGACAACCGCUGGCACACGGUGGUCCUGGCUGUCUCAGGACAUUAUGCCACACUGACCAUCGACUGUGGACUGCCUCUGGAACUUAAACUGGUCUGGUCCUUCCCCGGGACCUUGAGCACCCAAGGAUCCUGGUUCUUUGUGGGCAGCAGGGGUCACUGGAGGGGUCGCUUCACUGGUCUGCUCCGUCAGCUGGUUCUGCUACCAGGUUCAGAUGCCACGCCCAGAUUGUGCCCAAACUUUGACCCCGGUCUGACUGAGCUGUCCAUCCCACCGGUCCUGAAGUCAACCCCUUUGCAGUUGGACCUGCUCAGACCACUUUACCCGUACGAGGCUGAGACCAGAAUCACUAUGGGGACAUGUCCACCAUGUUCAGCACCAGAAACGGGUCAGCUGUGGUUUAACGCUGAGAGGAGGAGCCUGUUUAUGUGCGAUGGGACGACCUGGAGGACACUGCUGCAGAAUCAAAAACGUCUGGACUAUGUGGAGGACUACCAGGACCUCUAUACCUGCUCAGAAACCUUUGACGUGGAGAUAUUCUCCAUCCCGUCUGAGGGCCUCUUCAUGGCUGCAGCCAACAGAGCCUCUCGACCCGGAUCGGGAAUCUACCGCUGGAGAAACGAGUCGUUCCACCUGUACCAGAACAUAAGCACACAGGAGGCCCGGGGCUGGAAGCACUUCACCAUUGGUGACAAGGUUUUCCUCGUGGUGGCAGAUGCAGGGGAGGUGGAGCCUGAGCUGUCAGUCAUCUAUCAGUGGAACCAGAGACGGAGGCGGUUCUUGCGGUACCAGAUUCUGGAGACUCAUGCUGCCCAGGACUGGGAGGCCUUCCAGAUACAUAACCACAGCUUCCUGGUGGUGGCCAAUCACAGACGAGCCAGAGACUCCAACCACAACAUCCCCAGCGUGGUCUACAGGUGGAACUCAGACUCUCAGCUGUUUGAGGUGUACCAGACCUUGUCCACAUCUGGAGCAUAUGACUGGGAGUUCUUCACCGUUGGACCAUACCACUUCCUGGUAGUGGCCAACACCUUUGAUGGACACACUACCACCAUCAGCUCCACCAUCUACCUCUGGCUGGACAGCCGCUUCCAGACCUUCCAGAACAUUACGACGGUUGGAGCCACAGACUGGGAGAUGUUCCAGUUUGACGGCAGGUUCUUCCUUGCCGUGGCCAACAGUCAGCAGCUGUCCCGGCGCGGCCCCAGUCUCUACAGCAUCAACUCCACCGUGUACGAGCUCAACACCUUCACACGGACCUUCAUCAGGUUCCAGGACAUCUUGACCCACAGCGCUGUGGACUGGGAGUUCUUCACCCUCGGAGAUGAGAAGUUCCUGGUUGUGGCUAAUUCUCAUGACGGCAGCUCGUACUCUCUGAACAGCAUUGUGUACAGGUGGCAGGGCUAUGAGGGCUUUGUCCCCGUCCACAGUCUGCCCACGUUUGGCUGCAGGGACUGGGAACACUUUAGCACUGACCAGGGCUCCUUCCUGAUAUACUCCAGUGCCACCUCUAGACUCAGCAAGGUGUUCAGACUCAGAACAUACUGAAGACUGGUCCGGACCAGACUACCACCACUUUCAUAUUCUGCUGGCAUCAUGGCUCUUAGGGCGGAGCCACAACUCAACCUGUAUGCUUUUUACAUCUGCAGACAUUCAAAGAACUCUUUACUCAUGAAGCCCUUUGUUAGUUUGAUUUCAGUCCACAACACCUGAUCCAGUCCAGAACACCCGAUCCAGUCCACAACACCCGAAUCAGUCCAGAACACACCUGCUGCAGGUGGGUUCUGGUCAAGUGAGCUGAGAUCACAAGCUAAAGAAAUGCUGAUUACUUAGAAAUAUUAAAGCCCUCAUCAGGUCCAUCAAUAAAACAAAAUGUUUGAUCUUAAAAUGUUCAAACUGAUCUCAAUCAAUUAUUUUUAAAGAAUUUUUAAAUGAAUCUUUUUUUUUUUUAGCAUUUUUUAAAUGUAUUUACUCUUUAUUUAACCAGGAAGGUCACACUGAGUUUAAAAACCUCAUUUUCAAGGAAGUCCUGGCCAAGAGGCAGCAAAAGUUACAGAACUUUUCAGUUGCACAGACAUGCACAAAGUUACAGAGGGCAGUUACAACACAGGGAAUUCAUAGUUAUAUAAAUAAUUUUAAGAUAAUUUAAGACUUUUUUAUGUUACAUUUAAAUAUUUCAUUAUUGUUUUGUAAAGAUUGUCUUUGAAGCUUCACUAAUAAACAUAUAUGAAUUUUAA